UCGAGGUUUUGAAAAUGGCAGGGGUCAGCAGAACUGUUUUAACAACAACACAAAUGUUUUCAAGGUUUGUGACAAAUACAAGCAAGAACAUUUCUUGCAAAAGAUGUUUUUCAGUAACAAGGCCAGUGCAGGGAGACAAACCUCUUAUUGGUUUUAUUGGCCUUGGAAACAUGGGGAACCACAUGGCCAGGAACCUGGUCAGUAAGGGAUACCCUGUCCUGGUUUAUGACGUCAACACAGCUGCUGUAGAUGGGCUGAAACAAGCUGGUGCCAAGACUGCCAGCAAUCCAGCAGAAAUAGCAGCCAACACUGACAGAAUUGUCACUAUGUUACCUGCCAGUAAGCAUGUACAGGAAGUGUACACGGGAAACAAUGGUAUUUUCAGCAAGGUUGCGAAGGGCACCAUAAUGUUAGACAGCAGUACGAUCGACCCUGCCGUCUCCCAGGACAUGGCUAAGGUAGCGGAGGGGAAGGGGGCAUUCUACCUGGACGCCCCUGUCUCAGGGGGAGUGAAUGCAGCCAAACAAGCCCUUCUGACCUUUAUGGUGGGUGGCCCAGAUUCCAAGUUCCCAGAGGCCCAGGAAAUCCUCCAGAACAUGGGCAAGAAUGUGGUCCACUGUGGGGCAGUGGGCACUGGACAGGCAGCUAAAAUUUGUAACAACAUGUUAUUGGGCAUAUCUAUGAUUGGGACAUCAGAAACCAUGAACCUAGGAAUCAAACUGGGACUUGAUCCUAAGAUGCUGGCAAAGAUUUUGAACAUGAGCUCUGGUCGCUGCUGGUCCAGUGAUACAUACAAUCCCUGCCCCGGGGUGUUCGAGAAUGUACCCUCCAGCAAUAACUAUGAUGGGGGAUUUGGUACUGCUCUGAUGACAAAGGAUUUGGGAUUGGCUAACAAUGCGGCCAAAGACACCAACUCAGCUGUGAGCUUGGGGCAGCGAGCAUUUGAGAUUUACACCAAGAUGACUGAGAAGGGCUACGGCGGUAAAGACUUCUCUGUCAUCUUUAAGAUCCUUGAGGAAAUGUCUGGCCCUGAGGUGGAGAAGAAAAAGAAGGAAUUCUUUGAUCAAUGAGUGUAACAUUCCCUGCAUAAUAUUCAUUUGAUAGGAGUAUGUCUCUGUUUUAGAUUAUAAGUCAUUGAUGGAAUUUAUUUCCUAAUCAGUCAUCGAUCUUUACAGUAAACUCUUAUAGAAUGUGUCAGCCUUUGUUUUGGAAAUUUUGGUGAGAUGAUAGGGCACUGCAAUGUUUCUUGUUUUUUUGUUUUUGCACAAUUGUUUUUCAUGCGGUGAAGCAAAACUAACAGGUCAUUCCUUUUAAUGAAUUAUUUUUUAAGGACGUUUGAGAGUCUUUUGUGAGAUUUUUAUUCAUCUAGACAUGUACAUUAGAUAGACUAUACUUUGGGUUAAAGUAACCAACUUUUCUAAAUCAUUCGCUUUAUAUAUGCCAUUGCUGUUAUAUUAAAUUGUGAUAGGUCAUGUAAUGAAUCAUUUUGAUACAUUUUUAUGCUUUGAUGGAUGUAUAUUUUGUAUCGAAAAAAGAUUGUGUGAUAUCUACACAUGCAUACACCAAGAUAAUACACAAACACUCAUAAAUGGCACAUGUUGAUCACUGUGGCACUGUAUAGAGUAUUAAGAAUUUGUGUAUUAAGGACAAUCUAUUUACUGCAUUAUAUGAAUUAAGAUCAGUACUGAAAUCCCAACAAAUACUCAUUAGAUGAUAAAUGCCAGAUCAAAAUGGUAGAUCAACUCAGUAAUGCAUAAUUAUAUUAAAAUCUUAGAAUCUUUUAUUUUCAUUCUGUUUACCCAAUAUUUGGACAAAUGAAGACAGCCAUGUUUUUUGUGUAAAUCUAUUUUAAAGAGACAGUUUCUAGCACAAAAUGUUAUUCUUAAUGCCCAGUUUCAGGUCUUUCAUUAAUAAACAUGUAUAAUUUAUAUGUACAUGUAUGUGUUUGGAUCAGUAAAUGGAUUUGUAAUAAAGUAUUUGGAUUUC